AAAAAUGGAGGACGAGUCGAUUUCCGCUUACUGUGCGCGUGCUCUGUGCUAGCUAUAGUCGUCGGGUUGGAAUUUCCGGUGCACAUGGUUAGUGCGUGGUGUCGAAGUCCAAAAUAAAUCAGAAGAUGCUUCGGAUUUAACAACAGGAUAUUUUUGAUAAAGAUUUGUAAAAACGCAAACAAACAGCCAUGUCCAAGUUGUUUGUGUUGUACGAGCAUGCCGCCGGCUAUGCGCUUUUCUCCGUCAAGGAAUUCGAGGAAGUAGGCAUGUUGCUGCCUCAAGUAGAGGCCUCAGUCACUGACUUAUCUAGAUUCAACCAGGUAGUCAAGCUUGUUGGCUUCAGCCCCUUCAAAACUGCACUGACAGCAUUGGAGAAUAUAAACAGUAUAUCGGAGGGUGUUGUACCAGAGGACCUCCAACUUUUCUUGGAUACCAACAUACCCAAGGCAAGUAAGAAGGAAAAGGUAGUAUUGGGAAUAGGCGAUCCUAAGCUUGGAGCCAGUAUCACAGAAGCCCUUAAUAUCAAGUGUGAUCAUACUGGAGCUGUCCCAGAGAUCAUUCGUGGAAUCAGGUACCAUUUCCACAACUUGGUCAAGGGUUUUACUGCUAAGAGUUCAGGUGUUGCCCAACUGGGUUUGGGACACAGUUAUUCCAGAGCUAAAGUCAAGUUCAAUGUUAAUCGUGUAGAUAACAUGAUUAUUCAGAGUAUUGCUCUGCUGGAUCAGCUGGACAAAGAUGUUAAUACAUUUAGCAUGCGUAUUAGAGAAUGGUACAGUUACCAUUUCCCAGAGCUUGUCAAGAUUGUUCCUGACAACUAUAUGUAUGCCAAAGUGGCUCAAUUGAUCAAGAACAGGAAAGAAUUGAACCAAGAGAAAUUAGAAGAGUUGGAGGAAAUUGUAAUGGACAGUGGAAAAGCUCAGGCCAUAAUUGAUGCGUCAAAGUCUUCCAUGGGAAUGGAUAUUAGUCCUAUUGAUCUGUUAAACAUUGAGAUGUUUGCUAGCCGUGUCAUUGCUCUUGCUGAUUACAGGAAAGAAUUAGCUGAGUAUUUAAGAUCAAAAAUGGCUGGUGUAGCUCCUAACUUGGCUACUCUUAUUGGUGAUCAAGUUGGAGCUCGUCUUAUUGCUCAUGCAGGUUCUCUUACAAACUUGGCAAAGUAUCCUGCAUCAACAGUUCAAAUCCUAGGUGCUGAGAAAGCUCUGUUCAGAGCGCUGAAAACGCGAGGUAAUACACCAAAGUAUGGUCUAUUGUUCCACUCGACAUUCAUCGGCCGUGCGGGUACUAAAAACAAGGGUAGAAUCUCGAGGUAUUUGGCGAAUAAAUGCUCCAUUGCCUCUAGAAUAGAUUGCUUUGCUGAGACACCUUGUAAUGUCUUUGGAGAAAAACUCAGACAACAGGUUGAAGACCGGUUAAAGUUCUAUGAGACUGGAGAAGUGCCUAAGAAGAACAUUGAAGUUAUGCAAGAAGCCAUUGAUGAAGCGUCAACGAUAGUCGCUGAUGUUGAGGAAGAAUCCCCAAAAAAGAAAAAGAAGAAGGACAAGAAGAGGAAGAGCGAGUUAACGAAUGGUGAUUUGAAUGGCACAGUAGAAAAUGGACAGAAUGGAAACAAAAUGGACGUUGACGGUGAGGAGGAAGAGGCUCCAAAGAAAAAAAAGAAGAAAAAGAAAUCCAAAAAUGUGGAUGAAGAAUAAAUUCAUAUAGAUACACCCCUGGUGAAAGUUUUUAUGUAAAUUUUUUUGGCCUUGUAUUUCUUUAGAUUAUAUUGCAAGAUUUAUUUGAAAUCAUUCUAAACGUUUAUAAAAAUAUCUUCUACGAAUUUUAUAUUUAAAAUUAAUCCUAUCAUAAAGAUAUUUUUAUCAGGGAUAGAUGAAAUAAGAAAGUAAACUUUCUGUGAAAGUUUCACAGCAUACAAAACAAUUUAUGUAAAUAAGCAUUUUGUUACAUCUUCUUUAGCCACAGUACGUUGAUCAAAAUACCAUAUGACGUUUGUAAAAGUUAAAAAUCUCGAGAUUCUGUGGAACCUGACAACGAUUAUCUAUAUAUUGUAAUUUUUUUAUUAGUGACAUUUUGAUCGACGAUGACUAACACAUUAUAAUUUUUCUCAUCUAUUUUAUGUCUUAUAUAUCAAACGUUUGUUACAAAUUAAAGUUUCAGUUUAUGCCUAAAAGAGACAUAAAAUUAUAAAUUUAGUAAAUACAAAAAUAUUUUUCAGAUUUGUAUUUUAAAUUUACAAAAAAAAAAUAAAAUUGAAAUGUUGGAAACUGUUGUUUAUUAUUCUACAUAUGGGCAAUCAAAACAGAAUAGUUAUGAUUUAAUUAUAAAUUGAUAAAACAGUGACUUAAUGGAAUUAUUGAUCCUUUAUUGCAAAAAAAUGAAACAUUAGAAAAUAGAAAAAUUUUAGAACAUAACAUUUCUUUUCAUUAAAUCUCAUCCAGUGAACUGUACGAGAAUUCGAUAAUCGAAAAUCUGAAAAAAAAGAAAAUAAAGUAAAGAUUAUUACCAGCACCAAUGAGCAUUUAAUGAAGACAUAGCUGUACUGCAACCUAGGUAUAAAUAUUUAAAUUAAUAAUUACAAUUCUUAAUUAGUAAUCUUAUACUAGACAAAAGGUUGAUAAGCUGCAUCGUGUUACAUUUUUCUGUAUUUUAUCCUCUUUUGAUAGUUUCUUCCAUUUGUGAUGUUCUAAUUAUUGGUAAUUACAGAAAAACUUCAAUUCGGUUACAGGAAUAACAAUUCUAUUACUUAAUUAUUUAUACAGCUUUUGCCAUUUCAUUCUCAUAUUUACAAA